CCUGAACCUAGGCCUACCCGUGGUGGGUUCAAUUGGGGGCAACAAAAAGAAAGGAGAUCAAGAGUGGGGCCGGAGUAGUGUGUGCGUGCCUUAUCCAUCCAUAUUACAAAGCCACACAUUCAAAGUCAAAAACUCACUGUCUCAGAAACCUACAAAGCAUCACACAAACAAAAAUGGUGAGCCUGGUGCCCAAUAAUCUUCUUGCACAACCCAAACACCUCCCUUCUUUGCCCUCCAUCUAUUCAUCAUCCUCUUCUUCUCUCUCUGACUUCUUCAAUGGCGCCCAGUUACCUGCAACUGCCCAGUAUAAGAAAAAGGUGGCAGUAUGUGAGCCAAAUGGGGGACUGCAGAUUUCUGCAAGUGCCAAAAAGGUCCUUAUUAUGGGGGGCACCAGAUUCAUAGGUGUCUUUUUGUCAAGGCUUCUUGUCAAAGAAGGGCACCAGGUCACUCUUUUCACUAGAGGAAAAGCCCCAAUUACACGCCAAUUGCCGGGAGAAUCAGAUGGAGACUUUGCUGAUUUCUGUUCCAAGAUAUUGCACUUGAAGGGAGAUAGAACGGACUAUGAUUUUGUUAGGAGAAGUAUAUCUGCUGAAGAUUUCGAUGUUGUGUACGACAUAAAUGGGCGAGAAGCAGUUGAAGUAGAACCCAUAUUGGAUGCAUUGCCUAAUCUUGAACAGUACAUAUACUGCUCCUCUGCCGGAGUUUAUCUCAAAACUGAUUAUUUGCCCCACUACGAAACAGAUGAAGUUGAUGAAAAGAGCAGGCACAAAGGGAAGCUGGAGACAGAGAGGCUAUUGCAAUCACGAAGCAGCCUUAGUUGGACUGCCAUAAGACCGGUCUAUAUAUAUGGGCCAUUGAACUACAAUCCAGUCGAAGAGUGGUUUUUUCACAGGCUCAAAGCAGGCCGCGCUAUUUCAAUUCCCAACCCCGGGAUGCAAGUGACCCAACUCGGUCAUGUCAAGGAUCUUGCAAGAGCCUUUGUUCGGGUUCUUGGCAAUGAAAAAGCAAAGGGACAAGUGAUUAACAUAUCUGGAGAGAAAUAUGUCACCUUUGAUGGAUUUGCAAGGGCAUGCGCGAGGGCUGGUGGGUUCCCGGAACCUGAGAUUGUUCACUACAACCCCAAGAAGUUUGAUUUUGGUAAAAAGAAAGCAUUCCCAUUUCGUGACCAGCAUUUCUUUGCGUCGGUUGAGAAGGCAAAGCAGUUGCUGGGGUGGAAACCGGACUUCGGGCUGGAGGAAGGUCUUAGGGACUCCUACAACCAUGACUUUGGCCUCGGCACCUUCCGGAAAACAGCUGAUUUCUCAACGGAUGAUUUGAUUCUUGGGAACUUUUCCUAAAAUCCCCCCUUUUCAUUGUGCACAUUAUUCUGGAAAUGAAAAUGAAAUGGUUCUGCAGCACAAGCAUAGAUCUAAACGAAGGGCUAAAUGAAUUUUUAUUGCAAACAUAUAAUAAAAAAAAUAAACAAAUACUCUGAAAACUUCAAAAAGAAUUGCAAUGUGUGGGUCCAUUAUCUCUUCCCCAUGUUUUUCUCCAAAAAAUCCUCACCACCACAAAGAUAUCACAUUCCUGCAAUGGCCAACCAUUGUCUUGAGGGAUUUCCUUCUCCAAUAUCUCUUCAACAUAUCCAAACAAAUUUCUCCUCAACUU